AUGGCCUGGGUCCCUCUCCUCCUCGCGGUGCUCGCCCACGGCUCAGGUUCCCUGGUCCAGGCAGCGCUGACUCAGCCGCCCUCGGUGUCAAAGAACCCGGGAGAAACCGUCCAGAUCACCUGCUCCGGGCUUUACAGCAGCAGCUAUGCUGUCGGCUGGUUCCAGCAGAAGGUACCUGGCAGUGCCCCUGUCACUGUGAUCUACUACAACGACAAGAGACCCUCGGGCAUCCCUUCGCGAUUCUCCGGAUCCAAGUCCGGCACCACCGGCACGUUAACCAUCACUGGGGUCCAACCUGAGGACGAGGCUGUCUAUUACUGUGGUGGCUACGACGGCAGCAUGUGUGGUGUAUUCGGGGCUGGGACCCUGUUGACCGUCCUAGGCCAGCCUAAGGUCUCCCCCACCGUCCACCUCUUCCCGCCAUCCUCCGAGGAGCUCUCGACGCAGAGCAAAGCCACCCUGGUGUGUCUGCUGGGAGACUUCUACCCCGGCGCCGCACAGGUGGUCUGGACGGCCGAUGGCCGCACCCUCUCCAGUGGUGUUGAGACCAGCCAGCCCCAGCGGCAGACCAGCAACAACAAGUACAUGGCCAGCAGCUACCUGACGCUGAGUGCCAGCGACUGGAAGAGCCACGAGACCUACGCCUGCAAGGUCACGCACGAGGCUGGCAAUGUGGAGAAGGUCCUGAAGAGAUCCGAGUGCUCCUAA